AUGGGUCAUCCUGCGACACCAUCGCAAAUGGUCGCUGAAAUGUCUGACGAUCAAAUGGAUCCUUCCGGAAGCGCCAAUGAUGCUAGCAUGAAUGGCCAAAGCAUGAACACCCACAGCAUGAGCAGCCACAGCAUGAAUGGCCACAACAUGAAUGGAUACAACAUGAAUGGAUACAGCAUGAAUGGCCCUAGCAUGAGUGGACAUACCAUAAACGGCCAUAGCAUGAACGGUCACAGCAUGAAUGGAUAUGCGAUGAAUGGACAUACCACGAAUGGACAUGGCAUGACAAACCCAGCGCCGGCUGCAUCAUCAUCUGCCCCUUCAUCUGGAUCUGACUCGGACAGCGAUGAGUCUAGCGAUGAUUCUAACUCCAAUAACAACGUCUCUGCCUCCAGUGGCGAUGUAUCUGCCCCUGCUGCGUCUGAAUCUGGCCCCGAUGGCGAUGGAUCUGGCCCUGUUGUAACCCUCGUUCCUCCAUCGUCUUUGAACCCCGCUGCGCCUGCUUUCCAUCUCAUCCCCAAUGAUCGCAUACGUCUCGCAUUUCACACCAUGACAGCUCGCAUGGAACGUGAGGCUCGCACAAACCGUGGACCAUCCCCGGAUAGAGCAGUGAACAUUCCAUGGGGCGUCAAUGAGAUAAUGGCUGCCUGGUCUCAGGUUUGGCCACCGUUCACACGAAACGAGUGGGCCAGUAGCGACACUCAAGCAUUCGUGCAGAUCAUAGAGCACGUUAUUGUGCAACUCGCUUUAUCGCCUCUCCGUGCAUCUGACCUACCGGAAGGCGGCUUGUUGCAAGAAAAUCCCGUGCUGGCUUUCCGGCCACACCAGCCCAUCCCUCUUGCCUUCCUUGGGGCUGAGUAUCUGGCUCCCCAACUCAUUGCACCCGUUGGCCUGUACUGGUACCUGCUCACUGAGGUCUUCCGUGUGACUAACGAGGGUCAGUUCCAGCACCCGAACCUUUACCGCAACAAACUGAAUGUCCUGCUUUGGCUCGUUCACAGUCCGCGAAAUGAGGAUGAAAUGUUCAUCUUGGUUCAUUUCACAGGGUGGCUCAGGUACCAUCGCCGCCUGUUUGACGAGCUGAUUGCGUCGGUGGACCGUCGCCGGGCGACGAUAAUGAAUCCUCAUCCUUUUCUCACUGCGGAGCGGGUGUAUUACGUGGACCAGAGGGCCUAUGUGGAUGAGGUCAUCCGACAGCUCGAGGGGUGGUUGUUGUUCGAACACCAUACCCAGACUUGCCCAUUCUGCCGCGCAAUGAUUUGGGUGGGCUUGAAUGGUCACGUCGACAAGGACUUACUGCAUACUCCAGUCCGACAUGAUCAGGGUGACGGACCAAGCGACAGAUAUGACCGUCAAGAUGGCCCUGGGGGCGUGUGGCCUGGCAGCAACGAGGCGCCGGGAGAUGAGGAGGAUCCGGAGUCCGCAGCCUCCGACGGAAUGGGUCAGGCGGAGACCCAGACUGCCCAGGGCCCAGCUGAGGAUGGUCUGGAGGGCGGUGCCCACGCCGCAAGGCGUUGGGAAGAGGCAUGCGGUGGUGGCGGCGGCAAGUCUUCGUCGCAAUCGGCAGAUGUCGAGGUCGGGCCCAGCAAGGGCGAGCAGGUCGUCCUCCCCCAACCAUUGAGAGAGUUGAGCGCUGAAGGCGGCGCUCAUGUCGUCCUGGAGGAGCCUGUGGGCUUGAAGGUAGUCUUCGACUACUUCGGCAAGUCGGUGGUCAUGCCGACCAAGACCACGGCGGCCGUGAGCCGCACUAAUGUCCACGCCCACGCCGACAAGGGCAGAUUGUCGGAUGCCGAGACGAUGCUGGCCCGGCUCCGGGGUUGA